AUGUCGCAGACACAAGAACAGCAGAUAUCACAAACAGGGUCCCAACUAGAACGCAUGUCCUUAAUGUCCACUGCUCCGGCAUCCGCAACUCCACAACCUCAGGAGACUCAGCUAGCCCCAGACUCGGUACAGUCCAUCGCAAGUGAAGAACACAGUGGAGAUGAAUACAAUGGUGUAGGUGGCGAUGAAGAUGAUGAUAUGGCGUUGGCCUCCUUUGUCCCCAUUGAGAAGUUACAAGUUAAUGGGAUUACCACAUCUGAUUUGAAAAAAUUGAGGGAGAAUGGGAUUCAUACGGUUGAAGCAGUAGCAUAUGCUCCUAGAAAGGCUCUGAUGGAAAUUAAGGGUAUUUCAGAGGCGAAGGCUGAUAAAUUAUUAAGUGAAGCUUCAAGAUUGGUGCCCAUGGGAUUUGUUACUGCAGCAGAUUUCCAUGCAAGAAGAUCCGAAAUGAUUUGUCUUACCACGGGGUCUAAGAACCUUGAUACGCUAUUAGGAGGUGGUAUUGAAACAGGUUCUAUUACUGAAUUGUAUGGUGAGUUUAGAACGGGGAAAUCUCAAUUGUGUCAUACUUUGGCCGUUACAUGUCAAAUUCCGUUAGAUAUUGGUGGUGGUGAGGGUAAAUGUUUAUAUAUUGACACAGAGGGGACUUUUAGGCCCGUGAGAUUGGUAUCCAUUGCUCAAAGAUUUGGGUUGGAUCCUGAUGAUGCCCUAAAUAAUGUCGCAUACGCCAGAGCAUAUAAUGCUGAUCACCAAUUGAGAUUAUUGGACGCCGCAGCACAAAUGAUGAGCGAAUCAAGAUUUUCGUUAAUUAUAGUGGAUUCUGUGAUGGCUUUGUACAGAACAGAUUUCUCAGGGAGAGGUGAACUAAGUGCCAGACAAAUGCAUUUAGCUAAAUUUAUGCGUGCCCUACAAAGAUUAGCUGACCAAUUUGGUGUUGCCGUGGUAGUCACAAAUCAAGUGGUCGCACAAGUUGAUGGUGCAAUGAUGUUCAAUCCUGAUCCAAAAAAACCAAUUGGUGGUAACAUUAUGGCUCAUUCUUCAACAACAAGGUUGGGAUUCAAAAAGGGUAAAGGUUGUCAAAGAAUUUGUAAAGUAGUAGAUUCCCCAUGCUUACCAGAGGCCGAAGGUGUCUUUGCCAUUUAUGAAGAUGGUAUUGGUGAUCCAAGAGAAGAUGACGAAUAG